AAAACUGCGUCGUGGUCUCGUUGUAACUGAAAUCUUAAGGCCAGUUUUUUAUAGCUCGUACCUCGGAAUUAGGGGCUUGGAUGUUAACGGGUAUGAAACUACACUCGCCCAAUUGCCAUGGUGAUGAAAAUGUACGCUUUGCCUCCGGUUCAACCCCUGCGUGGAAACGUGGCUCUGCCCGAGAGCAUGUAUCAACUCCCGCCCAUAAUGAGGCUGUCUCAUUUGAAUAACGACGACCGCCCACUUUCGACGGGAUGGAAUUGGGAUGACGUGGAAGCACGUCAGUCCUCGCUUUUGAGUCAACUUCAAUUGCUUCAAACCAAAGUGGCGUCACUGCGGAAAGACUUUGGGCUGCAAGAGGUGGAAGUGUUUCAGAAGGAACCCAUGAAACGUGUUAGCGUGGUAGUACACGCCGAUCCCCGUUACCCUCCGUACUCACUUUUGUGUGUUGGCAACUUGUUGAAAAAGGCCGGCUUUGCGACGAAAGUGAACAAUCAUGUUCACUCUGCGUUAAAAGAGCCGGUGAAUAAGAAUUUGGCGAAUCAUUUUGAUUCUUCCGAAUGGGAUGAGUGUGGGGAUGGCUCGGAAUCUUGUGAAAAUUAUUGCCUGACUGUUAUUUGGAAAUUAGUUGGAUUGGACCCUUAUGCGAGUAUAGGAUUCGACAUUGUGAAAGGAGAAGCCAACAUUCUCCGCCAUUUGGUGCGAAGUUUGUCCACUGUCUUUCAUUAUGAGACUGAUGACCAUCAAACGCUUGUCUUCGACUCCCUUAUGGACGACGUCCACGAAAAUGUCACGUGGGGUUCUGACCGAGAUUGUGUGUCCUUCCUUGAGCGGUCUGAAUCAUUUUUCUUGAGUGGUGCUCAGCGUUCGUUCGUGGACUUUUUAGUUUGGUCUGCCCUCUUGAACAAAAGAUUCACCAUACCGUCCAGACGACUCUUGCAAUGGUACACGGCUGGGUUAAGAGAGAACGGAAUUCCUUUACAACGUCGAAACAGCUCUCGAUUGUCCGAAUCUCGAGGUGGAAGUAUGCCAAGGAACAGAAAAAAGACCCUCUCUUGCUCUUCAAACCAUGCCUCUGCAGUUAUUCGUGUGGACUAAGAUGCAAAUGAUAUGAUACUUUGUAGAAAUGAACUGACGGGAUGAUUAUUAUACAGAGCCAGCUUUCACCCCAGCCUUCAUUUCUGCUUAUUAGGCAACCAAUCCUGUAACUCAGACAGAAUUGGUUUUUCGUGAUCAUCGAUCAAGUAACUCACUCUUUAAUACAUCGCAAAAUCUGCUUUCUAAGUUUUAAUUUGUAAUACCAUCAAGUAACGAACGAGUGAAUUUUUUUCCAGGUCCAUUGGAACAGCUUUUAGCACUCUCAAAAUGACGGCAGCUUCGAAUGGAAGCCUGAUUGGAAAACCAAAUCCUUACCCCUUCCUGUCGAUCAAACCUUUCGUUGAGUGUGCUGAAGAAUGGUUACCCCUUCUGGAGAAGGAUGAACGUCUGAACAUUGUUUACAUGGAAAAACUGGAUGGAUCCAACACUGCUGUUAGCUCGGACGGAAUGGCGUGUUCCCGUCGAUUAGUGUUACUAGAUGGGCCCUCUGUUCCUACCAAGGGUAAGAAGAUGGCCAAUUUCAUGGGUUUUGAACUAGACUUCAUCUUACCAUACGUUGAAAAGGUUCAAAGAAUGUAUGAAACUGAAAUAAGACAAUGGUUUCCGCCAAAAGAUGAAGUGGUGGCCGUUUGUUAUGGUGAAUUAAUUGUGCCUGGGACAUCUUUUUCGAAGGAGGACGUGUUCAACUAUCAAAUGAGGGGGGGCGAAAGCAAAACUCCUAACCGAGAAAAAAAUCAGAUGUUCCUGAGAGGAAAAAUUUACAGUUACUCUGUUGGUCUGCAUUUUAAGACUUUGAUCAGUGUGGAAGAAUAUAAAGAAAAAAUCGAAAAACUUCGCAAGAAAGGCUAUGAGCCCUAUUAUAAUUCCAGCAUGAGUCAUAUCGGCACAGAAUUCGACAAAAUCAUUUAUUUGUUAAUGAAUGACAAAUUGAAAGAUCUCCUCGACCAAUUCAAGUUCAACACGUACAAGCACAACCAUGAUUAUCUACUCAACACAAUAAGUAAACUGAGAAAUGACCUGUUGAAGCCAAAUAUGGUUGAAGGUUACAUUUUACUGAUACCCAAGCUUAGCUUAAUAUACAAGCUAAAAGGAGCUUACGAUACGUUUUCCGACUCCAGGUUGAAGAAAAUUGAUGUCGUCGUCGAAAAAUUGAAAGACAAAGCUGAAAAACAGCCGAACUUCAAGGAUCUCGCUGACUUGUUUUCCGACAUUUGCCAAGCAUCAAAGGACACCAAGACGAGCAAGAAGAUCGAGAAAGCCAUUGAUUCGGCAAUGAGCAAGUUUCCAAGACUUCAGGACUUAGUUGAUGGGGAUGAGAAGUUGGAAGAGACGAAGAAGAUCCUCGUCAAUGUGUUGUUAAAAGAGAUCAAUGAUAGUGAAGAUUUAGAAAUGGCUCCAAAAGAAACUCUUUCGAAUUUGACGGAAAGAAUAGCAUCCAUGCUAACAUCAGAUUCUUCGGCUGAAAAAACAACCAAAGAGGGAUUGGGAAGUCCACAAAACUGAAUGUGUAAAAGCAAAUUAUUUUUCAUCAAUCUAAUCAAUAUGAAGAAAAUAGAUAACCUCGACAACA